AUGGAUGCCCGAUCCGAUCCGCUCAGCGCCUGCUUCCUGUCCAGCAGUCGGGACCAUCCGAUCCACCUGUGGGACGCGUACACGGGCGGACUGCGGGCGUCGUACCGUGCAUACAACCACAUGGACGAGUUGACCUCGGCGCAUUCCCUGGCCUUCACCCCUGGCGGGGACAAGAUCUUUGCCGGCUUUGAACGGAUCCUCCGGGUCUUCGACACGGCCCGACCGGGGAGGGACCACGAGGACCGUCCGACCCGCCCUCAUAAGCGAAGCCCAGAGCGGGGCUUGAACGGGAUCAUUUCCACCAUUGCCUUUAGCCCGUUGGACGCAGCGCCAGGGAUGUUUGUGGCGGGUUCUUUCUCCGGUUCCAUGGCCCUCUACGACUACCGUAUGAGAGGGGACUCCCUCCUCCUGUGGCCCGACCCGCAUCAAGGCCAGGGUCUGACCACGCUUCGCCUCUCCUACGACGGGCGCCUGCUCUUCUCCGGGGCCCGGAAAAAUGGUCAUGUCCAUUGUUGGGACCUGCGGAAAGGCACCUUGCUCUCCUCCUUUGCGCGCAACGCGUCGAGUAAUCAAAGGCUGGGCAUAGACUUGGAUCCAGCGGGGCGGUUUCUGGCCACGGGGAAUCGUGGAGAAGGAAAAGCACUCGUGUACGACUUGAGCACCGGAAAGGAGGUUGCAGGCCUAGGCCCCUUGAAGGACACGGCCAGCGACGUAAGUUUCCAUCCGUAUGCGGGUUUGGUGGCAGUUGGCAUGGGAGAACGGCACUGGGAGUUUGAGAGCGAAGAUGAUGAGGAAGAAGAAAUACUUGGGGAGGGCGUAAUGGCC